AUGUGUUUGCGUGAAACCAUAACGAUCGGAGAGGCUCUAGACGCGACGGUUCUCACGGCAGGGAAUAAACCGGUAGAGUGGAGUGAUGCAGCCGCGAUACAAGCGGCUGAGGUUAGAGCCACGGGAAGGACCAACAUCAUGCCCGGUGGUGUUGCCGCCUCGGCUCAAUCUGCUGCCACUCUCAAUGCUAGAGCUAACUCCGAGGACGACAAGACUACGCUCGCGGUUGUUCUCACUGUGAGGGGGGGGGCAAGAAGCAAGUUACUAUCAGACAAACCCGCCACGAGGAAGGACGCAGAGGGAGUGACAGGUGCGGAGAUGAGGAACGAUCCUCACCUCACAACAUACCCAACCGGUGUGGCCGCCUCUGUAGCUGCAGCUGCAGCUGCUCGGAUUAAUCAAGCCAAGUGAUACCCAUUCUUUUCUUUCUUGA